CUAAUACUCUCGACGUACCAAGCUGCAGCAUGCAUAAGCUAAGAUUUUUGUUGUUUCUAAUUAUGAUAUUCGUAUCUUCUCCUAUGUGGACGCUAAAGCCAAUGGCAAAAGGUUUGCCUCACGCGCCAAACCUCGUGGUCGGGAACGGACCGGGAAACAUCCCGACCAUUGCAGAGGCCAUCGCUAUGGCGGUCCAAAGCAGGGUCCAGCGUCGGAGGUUUGUUAUUAAAAUAACAGCAGGAGUUUACAAUGAGAAUAUUAUCAUUGACGAUGAUCUCCCACGUCUCACUCUACUCGGAGACGGUAAGGGACGGACUAUUAUCACUGGCCAACGAAGUGUUGGGGCCAGUGGCGGUUCUACUUUUGACACCGCAACCGUUGGUGUUGACGCAGUUGGGUUUAUAGCCCACGGCAUAACAUUCAGAAACACUGCCGGUCCGGACAAUGGGCAGGCCGUGGCGCUGCGGGUGAGCGGUGACCGGGCCGUGUUCUAUGACUGCUCAAUCGAAGGCUAUCAAGACACCCUUUACGUAUUCGAAGGGCGACAGUUUUACAAAAACUGUGACAUCUACGGCACCGUCGACUUCAUCUUCGGGAACGCAAAAGCCAUCUUCCAGAACUGCAACAUCUUGGGCCGAAAGUCAACCCACAGCGAGGCCGUCGUGAUCACGGCAUCGAAGCGCGACACUCCGACGGAAGACACCGGGAUCGUAAUCCAUGGCUCGCGCAUAUCAAUCGAACCGGGGACAGACAUGAGCGGGAUCAGUGGGUUCUUGGGCAGGCCAUGGGGGCUUUGCUCUCGAACCGUUUUCAUGGAGACGUUCAUGGACUCUUUCAUAGAUCCAGCGGGGUGGAUGUGGUGGCAGGGAAAGGAAGCGUCUUUUCAGAACGAUGUGUAUUAUGCAGAGUAUAGAAACAUAGGGCCUGGUUCUUCCACGGCGGGGAGAGUGAAGUGGGGUGGCGUCCACGAGCUCACUACACCGGAAGAGGCGAUGCAGUUCACGGUGAACUUGUUCAUUGAUGGCAACUCUUGGUUGCCAUCCACCGGCGUGCCUUUCAAUUCUAGUCUCCUUCAGGCCGACCCAUUUCAAAAAUAUACAUGAACUAGCUAGCUAGAUAAUUUUCUUUUAUGAUUAUAGAUUUAUAGAGAUAGAGGUAGUGGUAGUUUUUAAUCUAUACAUUUUUGCUAUAAUACCAUGAAUAAAUGGAGUGGGGUUUUGUUCCUUGGUUUAAUUAUAUUGUACCUAUUUUUCUGGGUUGGACAGUUGGACUUGUGGAUUUGAUGUUUUACUGGAAGAAAAAUGAACAGAAUUAAGAGAAUAUAAGGACAACAACAAAAAAGGAUAAGGUACGACAGAAACAGGACACCAUUUAAGAUGGUUUUAGGUAAAGCACAAAAUUGUUUUAAAUUGUUUGAGGCUUUGAGUUUAACAUUUAUCAACACGUCGCUCUUAACAUUAAUACUCCGUAUAUAAGUAGUAAGUUUUUAUUCCAGAGCAGUAAAAAUAAUAGUAAGUUGAUCAUUAGAAUCUACACAUGGAGAUAUAUGUGACAAAAAUUAUAUUAAUAGCAUUUGUGAUAGCACACGAUCGAAUAAAGGAACAUGAUCAAAUUUAUAGUAUGUAAA